CUGUGUUUUAUGCAUUCAGUGACGUUUGAAUUAAUUUUUUUGGACAAUUAUUUUACAUCUCAAUAAUUAUACAUCGCGCGCUGUGUUGUGUAUUUUAAUUUCAGUUGUAUUGUGGAAAAUGUUUGAAGUAGAACUAAUAUCAGCAGAUCACAAAGAUGUCAUCCACGAUGUCGCAUUUGAUUACUAUGGUCGCCGCAUGGCAACUUGCUCAAGUGACCAAACAGUGAAGGUGUGGGAUGAAGAUGGGAAGGGUAAUUGGAUUGAGUCCAGUAAUUGGAAAGCACAUUCUGGAUCUAUCUGGCGAAUAUCAUGGGCUCACCCAGAGUUUGGUCAAGUUCUAGUUACAUGCUCAUUCGAUCGAACAGCAUCUGUUUGGGAAGAAGUAGUUGGAGAAAAAGUUGCCUCGCUAUCGACUCCUUCGCGCCGUUGGGUGCGACGAAUGACACUGGCUGAUUCUCGUACAAGUGUUUCUGAUGUUAAAUUUGCUCCUAAAUACUUGGGACUUAUGUUGGCUACGGCAUCGGCAGAUGGUAUAAUUAGAAUUUAUGAAGCUCCAGAUAUAAUGAACCUUACACAAUGGCCUGUUUUGCAUGAAAUUGCUAAUAAGUUACCAUUGAGUUGUUUAUCAUGGAAUACAUCAACGUACAUGUUAUCUUCGCAACUUCUAGCGGCUGGAAGCGACGAGACAGCUACACAUACUGGAAAAGUUUUUAUAUUUGCUUAUAGUGAAACUCGUAAAUGGGUUAAAAUCGACGCAAUUAAUGAAAUCUCCCAACCAGUUACAGAUUUAGCAUUUGCACCUAACCCAGGUAGAACAUUUCAUAUGCUCGCAGUCGCCAGUAAAGACUUGUACAUUGUUAACAUCCGUGGGAUAACUAGUGAUGCAUCUGCGAACACUAAACUGGAUAUACAAGCAACUAAAUUUAGUGAUCAUAACUGUCCGGUUUGGAGAGUUUGUUGGAAUAUGCUCGCAACAAUGUUAAUUUCAACUGGGGAUGAUGGAUGUGUGCGAAUUUGGAGAAAAAAUUACACUAAGAAUUGGAAAUGUGCCGCUCUGAUAAAAGCAGAAGGAAGUUAUCCGUCCUACGAACCGAGUCUAAAUUCACCGGUAAUGACUGUUUCAGCUUCUGCAACUGCCAAAUACUAUAAAAAAGGUUCAAUUAGUAACCCAAAUCAAGUGCCAUGGCAUUAGUUUCAAUGGCUUUGAAAGAGUCAAAUUUAAUUUGCAACAUAUUGCUAGAGCGUAAAUCUAUUAAAUUAAUUAAUAUUAAGAUAUUGAUUUGUAAAAUUAGAUAAAGUUGGAAUUGUUUUCUAUGUAA